ACACAGACACACACAGACACACACAGACACACACUGGUGCCACUGCCAGCAGAGCUACGAUGGCUGCCAGCAGCAUCGCUGCAAACUCCCCUCAACAUCGCACUCACCAUGAUGACGUGUGCUGCUUGCUGCAGUGGCCCGUAACACAAAGAAGCUGGCGCACACACAAACCCGCGGAAAAUUGCUUGCACCGACACCAAAAACAGUAGUGCCAUAUGGGAGCCGCUCCUGCCUGCGUCGUCGCGCAACCCACUAACUCAACGCCCACGUCACAUCUCGACCAACGCACCCCAACAGCAUCUCACCAACACACAAACACACAAAUACACCAACGUUGACAUGCCGCCCUCCAGCAACGGCAGCAGCAGCAGCAGCAGAGGCAGCGCCUCGUCGUCGUCGUCGUCGUCAUGGGGUCUGCCAUCGAUUGGGCCCUGCACGUUUGUACUGGUGGUUGUGGUUGUGGCGUUUGGAUCGGCGCUGUUGGGCGGCUACGUCGUGCAGCAGCAACACAUGCUCGCUGCCAGCAUCAAAGCUGAAGACGUGCAGGAACAGUCACAGCAACAGGCACAAGCACAAGCACAAACACAACAACGGUGGCGCCCACAGGGAGUGGACAGCGGCUUGGCCGUUUCCGGCACACAACAGCGGCCUGGCCAAGAAGGCACACACAGCCAGCCUCCUGCUGCUGCUGAGGCUGGCAUGCACCUGCGCGACAGCGACCGUUUCCAAGACCCCUCUGGUGGUGGAACAGACCAUUCUUCGCAUGCGGCUUCUAACGACGACGACGACACCGACGACUUUGAUGACGAUGACCAAGAAACCUUGCAGGAUCAAGAGAGGGAACCUUUGGCAACACAUACACGUCCUGAGCUUCAGCAUCAGCAGCAGCAAGGCAAAGGCAGCGGGGGAGGCUGGUCGCAGACGAUGCUGCCUAAUUUGCUGGCACCAGCCAACAUCACGGACCAAGGCCUCUACCCACGCCUCAUUGGCAUUGGCUGUCAAAAGUGUGGAACCACGAGCCUUGCUGCCUACCUGUCCAUGGUGAAAGGGUUUAUCAUGUCAACGCAAAAGGAGAUUCACGCAUUCAAUGGGGACCUGCUGUAUCGGCAAUACGUGAAUGAUUCCCCCAAGCUGGCGCCGCGCCUCGUCUCCCGUGUCAAGUGGUAUGGCUCCAAGUGGGGCAAGCUGGGGCUCAACAUCAAGUGCGACGCCAAAACGCUCGCAUGCCACGGCAACGCCAAACCAGAUACGGUGCCAUUUGAGUUUACGCCGCGCUACAUGUCGGACUUGCGUCGCCCAUACAACAUGUGGCAAAUGCUGCCCGGCCCAGAGCAGACGACCUUUGUCGCAAUCCUGCGCGACCCCGUGGCGCGUGCGUGGAGCUCCUACCACCAUGCCUUGCGCCCAGAGGACGCAACCCCGCAGGACUUUGGCGGGCUAAUCUCGGAGGAGGUGCGCCUGCUGCGCUCGUGCUACAACUCAACCCUGGCUCUGCUUUCCCUGGACGGCUUGCAGCGCGCCCAUACCGCAUAUCAGGGCGCAAGUGCCGCUGCCAAGAACGGUGGCAGUCGUGGUGGCCAUAGUGGUGGCGGUGAUACCAGUGCCAACAAAGGGAAAAGCAACAAGGAGGCGAGUGGCACUGCGACAAAGGCGGCAAUGGGGAUGGAAGCUGGCGGGCCGUUUGAUUUGGCGCAGUGCCGCGAUAUUCGCGCGGCAUAUGACGCCUUUCACCAGUGCAUGAAGCCAAAGGCGGCGGACGCAAAGCAACCGUGGUUCGUCAAGUUUACGCUCAACUACGACGCAGACAUGAACAAGCCUGCGCAUGCGGUCAACAGGCACGCCGGCUUUGCGUACAUGGGCCUGUACGCAGACCAGCUCUUCAACUUCCUCUGCGCAGGAUUCAAGCCGGACCAGUUUAUCAUUCUCACCAGUGGGGAGCUGAAAGCGGAACCCGUGGCGGCGGUGAAGCGCGUGACAGAUGCAUUUGGGCGCCCAUUUGAUGUGGAGGACAUGCGCUGGUUCGAACGCGGCCUGUCAAACAAUCGCCGCUCACGUGGCCGCAUGCCGGCGCGGACGGAGGCGCUGUUGCGUGGGUUGUUCCAGCCGUACAACCUGGCCCUGGCCCGCUUGCUUGCAAGCAUGCCCUUCAACGUGAACAUGACGCACGUCUUGGAUGAGUUUGGCGUGAACGAAGCAGACAUCCACCUGGCUUUGUAAGCCUGGGCGUAUGAUGACGCUGCAUCCAUGCAUGCUGUCCCCCUCGCCUCUCUAUAUGAACUAAACUAGAAAGUCUCUUCACCGUGUUACACGCAUCCGUACAUGCGUUUGCGACCAGCCACACCAAACGACCGCCUGCAGUGUUCACUAAGGGUUUUGUUCGGUCAUCGUGUUUUCGACCAUGACACGAUGUGGCAUGCAUGAGUCGUUUCAAACCGACUAUGGCGGGGGUGGUUGGAGUGUAUCAUGUUUAUUCAAGCAAGUCAAUUGAAUUGAAUUGGGCUGUGCGCCAUUGGUGUUCGCUGGUAUCAACAAGCC